AUGUGGGCGUUAUCGGUGCGUGUGUCCGCAGGGAGUGGCGCGGCGCCGUGCCACCGCUGGGGCGGCGCGGGCGUGCGGGCGGGCGCGUACGGCGCGUGCGGCGCGCACGGGUACGGCGUGGCGGCCCUGGCGCAGCACCUCGACCGCGCCGCCGCCGCCUUCCUCGCCGCUGCCAUGCACUCGGCCAGGCUCGCCACCCUCAAAGCUCACUACAGCAUCAGGGAGCACGACCUCCGCGUCAUCCGUCCUUUCAUUUAUGUUCGCGAGCGAGCACUGGACGCGUUCGCGUGCGCUCGCGCCCUGCCAGAUUUCCGCACGGUGCAACCUUCCUCGUCACCGGAGUCCACGCCACCCACAGACGACAGUGGCGACAGCGGGAAAGAGUUAAGCGACGUCGCCUGUGCGGUCCCCGGACCUCGUGCAUCGACCCAACGUGAGGCCGGCUCGUGUCAGUCGGACGAGUUGCACGUCGAACCACUCGACGCCGCUCGGGACAUGCUCGCGGCGCAGGAGCGAAUGUACCCGCACUUGUUCGCGAGCCUCAAGAGUGCACUGCGCCCACUAAUGAGCGGCAGGUUCAUCGAUAAAGACAAGAAAGAGCAAAGACACAGGAAGAAAUCGGUUAUACAGAUGAAAAACGGAGCGCCAGUGUAUGACUCUGACGACGGAACCGAAGAGGAGCCCGUGCCAUAGAUAAUGUCAAAUCUCCCGCCAAAUUUGUAAAAAAUAGGUACAUACAAUUAGUACAUAUAACCUGUAAUCUCUGUUCUAAAUACGACGGUGCGUGACUUACUGAUUUGUUUUGAUGUUCCAACUAUUAAAGCUAUUUAAACUAUUAUACAAUACAUACUAUAAACGCUAAUAUAUAAAACUGUAUGUAUGUACCAGUUAUAUGAUUAUUAAAUAACUUCUAUGUUGAAAAAUUUUAUUUGUUACAUUUAAUUGUCAAGGUACAUAUUAAUUGUCAAUAAUUGGAACUGGCAAUUUAAAUGUCCAAGUUCUCACACAUCCGUGUUUUGACAUCUGUCAGACAUAUCUCGUAUUUCGAACAGAUCCAAUGUACGGUAUCUCGUGUUUUAUAAAAUCGAUUAUGUGAUUUUAAGUGAUUGUCAUGUGAUCAACUAAAUGUUAUGAACACUUUAAUGUUGUCAUAGUUUGUAAGUAUAACGAAGCGCGCUUGAAAUUGACGUUGCGUUUGUUUGGGGUUGCCAUGAUUAUUAAUGAUUCUCCCUGAAUUUCGAUAUUAGGAAGCGAAGCGGACGGUGGAUUGAUAAAAAAAUGUGCAUUUCGUACAAGCUAAAUAUUUGUAGUGUAUUUUUCAAUAUUGUUGAACGUACGAAAUCGGUAGAGCGUGUUAAUAUUUGAAUGUUCGAAAGUUUAUUUUAAAAUUUUAAGAUGGACGUUAUAAAUGUAAUAAAUACAUUGUAAAUCUGAUUUUUAAGGUGCCUAUACUACUUAAGAUGUCCUAAAAGGUACCUUAAAUAGAAAAGAGUUAUUUUUAUGUACUUUAUUGUAUCACGUUAAUAAUUAUUUACACUUUUACAGAAGAAUAUUAGAAGUUAAAAUUUAUAAUAUUUAUAUAGAUCGUAGAUGUAGGAAUUGCCUAAUUUUUAUACAUAUUCAUUUCUCUGUAGAGUGCGUCUUCGGUGAAUUAAAUCGAAUGAAAUGUUAUUUUCGGCUUUUAAUGAAACAAUAUGUGUCAUAUUUUUUAUACUGAAUUCGUGUUAUAGUAGAAUUCAUUGCGAGUUACUGGCAACAUCAACGUUCAGCUUCCAAAUGGUAGAUUUUUUUGGAAUAUGACUGCUGAUGUCAGACUGAGUUUGUGAAAUGUUGUAACUGUGCUAUAUUACUUUGUAUGUUUUGUAUUGCGCAAAUAUAUUUUCUAAAAGGAUUUAAUUAUAAGAUGAAAUUCCUAAUCAAUUAGGAUAUACGCUGUUAAGGAUAUAUAACGAUUUAUCAAUCGAGUCCCAUUCAUUGCUUCCAUGAUACAAACUAUAUUCAUAUACAUUUGUCGUAAAAAUAAAGUGUUUUAAAAU